AUGUUAAGAGGAUGGGUAUUGAGAAAAAGAAAUUCAAUUUUAUCUUAUUAUAGGCUUGACGCAGUUUUUAUAUGCACUACUGUUCACGGAAGAGCUGACCUUAUCAUCAAAUCAUUAAAUUCUGGAAAGCAUGUUUUUGCUGAGAAGCCGCUAGCUUUAACUGAGAAGGAAGUGUCUGAAUGUUACAAAGCAGCCAGGGCAAAUAACAAGACCCUGCAAUGCGGAUUUGAUAAAAGGUUCGAUGUGAGUAUUCAGAAAUUAUACGAAAAAAUUCGGAGUGAUGACUUAGGUAUUCUACGAACCAUAAAGUUGUCGGCUAGAGAACUUCCAUCCACAUGUACAAAGGACUAUAUCUUAUCCUCAGGUGGGUUCCUGACUGACAGCGCCAUUCAUGAGUUUGAUUUGUUAGUGUGGUUGGCUGGGGAGCGGCCGCAGUCAGUGUUUGCUUUUGGUCAUGCGCACAAUCCAAUGAUUAAAGAAUGUGGGGAUUUUGAUAGUGUUAAUGUGGUACUGAAGUUUCCGAGUGGAUUGCUUGCAUUUAUUGAAAACUUCAGAGGAGUCCCGUAUGGUUAUGAUCAGAGAUAUGAGGUUUUAGGUACAAAGGGAUGUGCUAUCAUUGAAAAUCCUAAAGAAUCACAUUUGUGCUUAUGGGACGAGAAAGGAAUGCAUUCUGACCUGAUGUGGCAACAGGCUCUAACACGCUUCACUGAUGCCUACAGGAAAGAAAUUGAACACUUUGCAGCAGUUAUUAAAGGAGAAACUGAUUGUAUUGUUAAAGGGGAGGAAGUGACAUAUGUUAGUCGGUUAUGUGCGUCUGCCACGGAGUCUUUAAAGCAAGGAAAAGUAAUAAACCUUUAAUAGAAGAAUGUGUUGAAUACGAGGUGUUGUGUUAUGUGUGGACUAUGUAAUUCAAUACAUGAUCUUGUUUGCAUAUACAGUCUAUAAAAAAGCGAAUGGGGAUCGACUUUUUUCAUAGUAUUUUUAAGCUAACACUUAGGGAUUUUUUUCGUUUGACCGCAGAUCCUAACAAAUAGCGCAAGGCGUAUUUAAACAGUCCACAAGGAAUACUUGCGCU